GACAUUUGAUGAUGACGAUGGGGAUCAGGAGAAUGGAAGUUCAGGCUCUAGUUCUGGGCGCGGCCACAAUUAUCAGAUGGACUUUCCUACUCUCGAGUAUCUACGCCUUGACUACACAUCACUUGGUAUCAUGGUGUUCAACAACGCAUUACUCUCCGCAUACACGCCAAACAUUGUCAUCAGAGGUUUAUUCCAGGAAGUCCAGUCGUUCUGCUGGCACACGUUCAAGCACUUUGGAAUCUGCAAAAUCUACAUUGUUGAUAAAGACGAGAUUGCAGAUAUGCCGGAGUUUUAUCAAAUGCCGAACGAGGUAUUUGGCUGCAAACAAUUCGAUAGCUGGGCAGAGCUAAAGUUAUAUAUAACUUGGCUG